AAAAAAAAAAAAAAAAAAAAAAAAAGCGAAAAAAAAACUCUCAUCCAAUAAAUUUUCGACUCCGUUCUUCUCUUUCUCUUUUGUUGAUCAUGGAAGAUAGCAAUGAAACCACCUUUUCACCAAAUACGAUUCAAGCUGUGAUCAAACAUGGUUGGAAAGAUACGCGUACAAAAGCAAACGCACAGGCAUUACAAUUAUCAGCCGAGUUCUUUAGACUUUUCACCAUAGAGGCCAUCCACCGAGCAUCGGAAGAAGCAGAAAGAUCAACAGGAUCAAGUGAACAUGACAUUCAAGUGGAACAUUUGGAAAAGAUAUUGACACAAUUAAUGUUGGAUUUUUGACCUCUUUUGCACAAGUCUAGAUAUAGUCCUUUUUUUUUUUUUAUUUUUACAGGCCCUCAUAUACCUCUAUUGAUUACUAUUUGGAUUUUGAUAGUUGAAGA